GCCCUGUUUUUUUUGUCAUCAGACUCAAGAAGUACAGAAGGCCAUGGAUGAGAAGAAAUUUGAUGAGGCGGUCAGACUGCGUGGCAGGAGCUUCGAAAACAAUCUGAGCACUUACCGACUCCUCUCAUUUCGGAAGGCAGAUUCUGAACUUCCAAAUGGAGAGGAGGAGGCGGGGGAUGAAGAGCAGAUUGAUAGCUCCUUUAAUGUGGCAGUAAUGAACGUCGGUGCUCCAGCAGCAGGUAUGAAUGCUGCUGUUCGUUCUGCUGUCAGAGUGGGAAUCACCGAAGGCCACAAAAUGUUUGCUGUAAACGAUGGCUUCGAGGGAUUCUACAAAGGACAGAUUAAGGAGAUCAAAUGGGGAGAUGUUGGUGGUUGGACUGGCCAGGGUGGGUCACUGCUAGGGACAAAAAGAACUCUUCCAGGAAAACAUCUGGAUAAGAUCGCUGAGCAGAUGAGGAUUCAUAACAUCAAUGCUCUGCUUGUGGUCGGAGGGUUUGAGGCCUUUGAGUCCAUUCUGCAGCUGUUUGUGGCCCGGGCUGACUACGAGGAGUUUUGCAUCCCGAUGUGCAUAUUGCCUGCCACCAUUAGUAACAAUGUGCCUGGCACUGACCUCAGUCUUGGAGCUGAUACAUCCCUCAACGCCAUUGUGGAGACAUGUGAUCGCAUCAAACAGUCAGCUAGCGGCACCAAGCGGCGAGUGUUCAUCAUUGAGACAAUGGGGGGCUACUGUGGCUACCUGGCCACCGUGGGUGGUCUGGCUGCAGGCGCCGACACUGUCUACAUCUACGAGGAGCCAUUUGACAUCCGUGACCUUCAGGCCAACGUGGAGCAUCUGACAGAGAAGAUGAAGACGAGCAUCCAGAGGGGACUGGUGCUCAGAAAUGAGAACUGCAACGAGAACUUCACCACAGAUUUCAUCUACCAGCUUUACUCUGAGGAAGGGCGAGGAGUGUUCGACUGCAGGAAGAACAUCCUCGGUCACAUGCAGCAGGGAGGAGCUCCAUCUCCCUUUGACAGAAACUUUGGUACCAAAAUUGCAGCCAAAGCCAUGCAGUGGAUCACCCGGACACUCAAGGAGUCCUACAAAGGAGGGAGAGUGUUUGCAAACUCUGAGGACACCGCAUGCCUGCUGGGGAUGCGUCGCAGAACUCUGGUCUUUCAGCCUGUGGUGCAGCUCCGGGACGAGACAGACUUUGUUCACAGGAUCCCUAAGGAGCAGUGGUGGCUGAAGCUCCGUCCUCUAAUGAAAAUCCUGGCCAAGUAUAAGACAAGCUAUGACGUGUCCGACUCCGGGCAGCUGGAACACGUGACGCGGGUCCGACCCAAAGACAGCAACACCUCAACGGCCAUCUGAACCGCCUCACUUCCACACGCAGAGCUUCACUUCAACAG